AUGGAUGCUAUAGAGUUGCGGCAUCAAGCAAUCCUCGCUCAUCAGGCUGGAGCACUUGAGCAAGCAUUAUUGCUAUUUACACACAGCAUACAACUCACACCUCCAAGUAGACCACACUAUGCUGGCAAACUACUGAGAGAAAGAGCAGAUUGUUAUUGGGACUUGGGAUGCAAAGAAGAUGCAUGCAGUGACAUGAAGAGAGCUUUAGAGCUAUUUCCAGGAAUCAGAGUAUGAGCCUUCAACUUCUAUACAAUCUUCCUAUAAUUUCUCCUAAAAAAUCUUAAUAGAUUAUCACAUAGACAGGUGAUGAGAAUAUUAAAAACUAUCAGCAACAUGUAGGUGUAACAAAGACUUCCUGUUAAAAGAUGGUAGGAGACAUCACAAUGAUUUAUCACUGGCUUGUGAUAAAAUUAAUGCUCUGUGCAGAGUGUUCUGUAAACUCUGGAAUUUAUGAGUGUAAGCAUCAUUGGAAAGAGAUUUGCCUAUGUAGGUGUGUAUACAAACAUUUUUGUUCGAUAGAUAUGUUCACUCAGUGUUAAUCUUACCAGGAUGGUGCAGAAAAAUGGGUACACAGAGGCUUUGAAGCCAAUAAAGAAGAGAACUGGUCUGUUUCCACUCAGUGUUUUACUUAUUCACUGUUGUUUUGUCCUCGCAACAAUAUUGCCUUGCUCUCCACUCUGUACGCUUCAAGAGCAGAAACAAACUACAGAACUGAGAGAUUUGUGGAAGCACGCAGUGACAUUGCAAAUUGCUGGAAGGUUGACCCUGCUUUGGUUAAGGUUUGUUUCUCCUAUGUCUCCUGAAAGAUAAUUCAUUAUUGUUACAAUCAUUAUGAUGAAUUGCUAGUUGUGAAUACCACUUGUUGAUUUCCUGGAGACAAUGCAGAUUGUCAUUUGGUUUUCAAGAAAAUUCUACUUUGUUGAAAGAUUGAAGUGAUAGUUCUUAUAUUUCCAUCAUAUUACAGCACAAUGCAUUUGAAACCGGAGAAGCCAGUUUCAAGGGAAGGAUUCUGUAAAUUUUAAACUCCAUUAAUUUUUGGUGCCUCUGAGUUUGAAAGAAUAAUACCUGUCUGGAGUUUCAUGCAGAAAAACAUGUAGAAUUGGAAACUUUCUUUUUUAGCUUUUGUUUUUGCCUGUGUUCAAUUAUUAUGUUAAGUAAAUUAUCAGGUGCACUAAGUCUUGAUUUCUGCUUGGCUAAAGAAUGUUGGGGUACAUACAGGUCCUGGAAAACCCAGAAAGUCCUGGAAUUUUAUUUUGGUGCUUUCCAAUACUGGAAAGUCCUGAAAAAGGCUACAGGUCCUGGAAAGUCCUAGAAAUCUGCUUAACUUUAGCAGUAAAAUUUUGAGAAGUUACAUUAUAAGAAAUGUAUGUAGACUGUAAGGAGAAUUGAUUUUGAAUUUGGGAAAUCUUGGGUUUAAGGUGAAAUUUGGAGUCUUGGAAAAUCAAUCUGAGUCCUGGAAAAGUCUUGGAAAAGUCACUGAAUUUGUUUCUGGAAAAGGUACUAACCCCGAUACAUUACUGUAAAUAUCAACAUAUGUUUUACCUCUGUAUUGCAGCAAGAAGGCAGGCGCUGCAAGGAUAAAGGCAUCCGGCUAUAUCAAGCACACAAGUACAAUCAAGCCAUUGUUUCUCUUGGACUUGCAAAGGAGUUUUUGCCACGUUCUAUGAAUGAGUUUCAUGCACAACUACAGAGCUAUUUGGCAUCUUGUUAUUUUAGUCUGCAGCAGUAUCCAGAAGCAUUAGAGGCUGGUAAAGAGGCAUACAAGAUCAGGCCAGGGAGGGCUCAGGUCAGUAUUUUGCAUUGCUAACAUUGGGAAUUGUAAUGGUGUGCUGAUUUGCUAUCAUUUGAAGAUGCACAGCACUGCUCAUAUUUAAGAUGAAAGUCUUGAUUCUAGCCUUAAUCCUCAAUUCCCAAAAGUUUUGAUAAUCAAAGAUCAAGUUUCAAGGUUGGAUUAAAGAGUUUUAUAUUCAGGAAUCUAGAUUCAAAUUUAAAGAAUCUAGUUACAAAAACCUCAAAGAAUGAUUUUAGGAAACAAUUCCAAUUUCAAAAGCAAAACAACGGCAUUGGACAAAGUGCUUGGCUCAUGACAUCCUUUAUUCAUACUAGCUAUUCUCAAAAUUUGCAAAUGUUAUUUAGAUUCAAGGAUCAAGAACUGAGAAGCAAGGAAUAUGUCUCUCAAGACUGUCAACUUUUAUUUAAACAUUGCUAUAUGCCAAAACAAAUUGUGAAGAGGUGCUUCCUUUGUAAUUUAAAACUCAUAUAUUCAUGAAUGAGUUUCCAUGUAGGCUUAGAAAGGUCUUUUGUUGCUUGAAAUUGUAGACAUUUUGACUCCCAGGUUUGUAUUCAUUCCAAGAGUCUCUUGACUCGCAAGAUAAGACAGACUCUGACCCAGGUUGUGUAAGAAUAAGGAGCCGUGUGAGGAUGGCAAAAAGCACAGCAUGGUGUUGAGGGGGCCUGGCUCCCUCUUCUGUUGCCCGAACCUGGCAUUUGCUUUAAACAUUUAGUAGUUCACUAUGUGAAAGGAGGCUAAUAGCACAACUGCACAAUAGCAAUGACAGAAAGCAGCAUCCUUUACCAUUGCAGGGUGAGGCAAAAAGGUGGAAGGAAAGAGGCAAACAACUUUUUAAAGAAAACAAGUUGGAUCUGCUAGUUGACUGUUAUUCUCUAGCAAUCAACUAUGCUCCUACCAGUGAGCGAGAACUGCUGGCACAGCUACUGUGUAAUCGCUCUCUGGUCUUUAUAAGAAAUAACAUGUAUAAGGAGGCAGUCUUGGAUGCUGAGCGCUGUGUCAAGAUUAGGAGCAACUGGUCAAAAGUGAGUUCACAAAGGAUGUUUGAUUAGAUCAAAUGUGGGGUCACUUGCCAUUUGUGAAGCUUUAUUGUUUGAUUAAUGUUUUAAAUUGUGUCAGUGAAGUUCUUUUACUUUCUAGAGCUCCAUGAGAAAUGCACUUGAAACAUUGCAGGAAUGAAAGUUUCUUGCUUGAAAACAAGGAUAGUUGAUAAAAAGUCACAAUAAUCUAGGUUUCAUUGUGAGAUUUUUACCACUGACUCAUAUUGCAAAUAAAAUUUUUUUAAAUUUAUUUCAAAGAAGCUUCACAUGAUGUGGUCCUGAGCAAUGAUAGAGAAUUUAUACAAUCAUGUAGCUUUCUAAGUGUUACUCGUUGUUUAAUCUCACUUUGUAUAAAUUUUGUUUCCUGUAUACCAGGCACAUUAUAGGCUGGGAUCAAGCUUAGCUGGUUUGAAGCGUUAUACAGAGGCAAUGCAUUCUUUUGCUACAGCUCUUGAUCUUGCUGAAACCGAGGAGGAGAAGUAUGACACUCUGCUACAGAUCACCACGGUAGCCCCUGAGGCAAGAGGUAGAUAUUUAGCAUUGGGUGCUACCUUUUUUCCCAUUUCACAGGGUUUUCAUUGGGCCACAGAGAUCAGAGAGUGCUCUGGCUUGUAUGCAAAAUUCUCCGUCUUAAUUUCAUGGGCUGUCUUUUCUCAUUUAUAUUACACUGUACAUUCUCCUGUUACUUCACACUUCUCUGUAGCCACAACAUAGAAAACCCUGUUUUUUAUAUGAUUAAACCGGUUGAUGCCAUUUUUCCAGACCUAUAUGUUCAAGGCAGAUCCAGAUUAAUGGCUGGUUUUUUAUGAGAUCAGUUUAAAGUAAACAGGGCACAGUCAGCAACAACAAUUGUCUUAGGGGAACUUAAUAUUUUAUGAAGCAGAGGUUGAUCCUCUGGGUUGUAAGCUGGUAUUUGCAGGCAAGGCCCAAAGUUAUUGUACUUGAACUUAAAUUACUACUCCACAGCUAGAUUGAGCCAUUGUUUACUCUUAUAUAUGUCUUGUUUUCAUACUUCAGAUGGAACAAUGGGUGUAGAUGAAGGAUUUUGCUCUCAAGUCAUUAUCCAGAGAGCUGUAGAUGAUGCAAUAUCAAAGCAGGACUGGGAGAGGCUUGGUGUGUUGUUUGUUGGUGGUGGAGGCCCUUAUGAUGCUCCUGUUGGGGAAGGAGGGCUAGCUAGUGGAUGUGACUCCUCUCAAGUGCCUUUAGAUCUGGUCAUAGCAUCAAGUGUGGCCUACAAAUCAAACCUUUUGACAGUACUGUUGGAGUUUGGGGCUUGUGUGGAUGGACUGCCACUGUGUCAAAAGCCUCCCUUAUUAACAGCAUUGGAGAUGGAGGAAUUUGACAUUGCAGCUAAGCUGAUAAGUGAGGGUGCUCACCUGGCCUGUGUUUCAAAUCAGCCUCAGCUCCAUUCAAAGGUUUUUGAUGUUUAAUGAAUUAAUUUUUUUUCUUUUGUGCACAGUAUAUCAAGUGAGAGAAAGCUUUGUCCUCUUCCUAUGUUACUGUGCUUUAUUUAUUUCUUUUUUUGAAAGGGGUGGGGGGGCUGGAGGUUGAAGAAUUACUCCCCUCUCUCCUUUUGCUGUACUUCUGCUACUGGUCUUUUUGACAUUUUGACAACUUAACUAUCAACUGGGGUUAGCUUCCAAUCCAUGCAGGUUCAAAUGCUUUGGUCACUCUUUAUAAAGUGAAGCAAUACACUGGCAAUAGUGGGUUUGUGAUUUUGAAGUAAUGCCUGCUAUGUCAUGCUUCUGUGACAUUUCUGAUGGUUUCUUAAUUGGUCUAUUUCAGGCUCAAGCAAAUUUCUGGAAAGGAGAAGCUAACAAGAUGAUCCAACGCAUGGAAACGGAGAAAGCCUCCCAAUGCUACAACUUAGCAUUAGAAUAUGCUCCAGAACAAGCCAUAGAACUCAAGAGGGAAUGUUUUGAUGUGCUAGCUGACAUCUGUUUUGAGGGCUACAAGUUUACAGAGUGCAUUAAAUAUGGAGAAAAAGGAUAUGCUCAACCAAUGAAAAAUGAGGUAAGAGAUUUGUAUGUUGAAGUUAAUUUUGUGACAGAGCUCUAAGGCCACAAAGCAGCAGAUGGACAGUGUCUCUACUCUAUACUUGGGAGCACAAAUGAGUACCAGAAUCUAGCAGGGUAACCUGACAAAGUAUGAAGUAGCCAUGCUCAAACUCCAGUUGCAUGCCAGAAGACUGUUGAGUUUUAUUGUUGAUCUAUUUCAAGGAGUCUGUUCAGAAAUGGAGAGAACGGGGAAAUAAACUGUUCAAAGAGAGAAAGUAUGAGCUGGUGGUCCAAUAUUACUCCUUGGCAAUGAAGUAUAUACCAGAGACCAUGGAGAAUGUGCAAAAGAUGAGAGCAGUCUUAUUAAGUAAUAGAUGUGCUGCUUACAUUAACCUGGAGAGGUAUGAUAAGGCAAAGGAAGAUGCUGAGAGAUGUGUUCAGGUUGAACCUCAGUGGUCUAAGGUACGUAAAGGCAAAGUAUUGUGUGAUGUAAAUGUAUAUAAUUGAAUAACUAAAGUUUGGAGGUGAGUAUUUGAGUUCAUGUGAUCUUAUGUCCUGGUAUUCCAGUGUGUCCUGCUAUCAAGAAUCCUGUCAUGUAAACAAAAAUCUUCUCCUGAGUGUGUUUUUUUUGUAGGGAUACUACCGUCUUGGUUCCUGCUCAAACUACCUUGGUCAGAACUUAGAAGCCCUCAGAAGUUUUUGUGAUGGACUUAAAAGGGCAGAGACAGAUGAUGACAAGUUUUCCCUUGCGUCUCACAUAAUUUCUACGGCUAUGGAUGUAAAAGGUACUGAAUAUCAUCGUCAUUUAGUAAAAAGAUUGUCAAGGUGGCUCUAGUGAUGCAUGUAUUUAGUUUGGUCACGAAUCAGUCUGUAUCAUAUUGUACUCUUAUCACCCCACAUUAGUUGAUUUUCCAACAACAUUCUCUUUGCCUUCCGCACAAUGUUGUGAAAAAAUUUUGUAAGUAACCUCAAAAAUGAUGGGGUACAUCUUACCUGUGGAGCCUUCUUUGAUACUAAGGAGAUUAAAAAACCCAUGAAUGCUAGUGUGAUUUUUCACUCAGUAAACUUGCUUUCCGAGGCUAUACAUUUGAAUUUUUAAGGAUGUUUCAACUCUAAUUAUUUUAUUCUUGUUUGUCGAAGAUGGAACACUUGCGAUGACCUGUCGCAUUCCCAGAGCCACAGCACAGAGACUGAUCAAAGACGUCUGCGCCAAGAAGGAAUGGAACAAGCUGCAAUUGCUAUUCCUUGGAGGUGAUAGUCAAAGGUCAUUUGACAAAGGUCGUGGAGGUGUUGCAACUGGAUGUAAUGCUGGAAUUGUUCCUAUUAGUCAAGUGCUUGAGUCAUCUGUACACGACCGUGAUAAGCUAAUUGCUGUGUUGCUGGAUCAUGGAGCUCUUGCCAAUGGUCUGCAUGGUUCUAAAAACCCACCUUUGUCUGUUGCUUUGGAGAUGGAACAUUACGGUAUUGCCUAUACCCUUUUGAAGCAUGGAGCUGAUCCAUCCGGGAUUUGUUGUUCAAGAGUUACAGGGUCUCAUCACCGUGAGGUGACUAUGUUUUUGUAUGAUAUCGUAUCAGCGAUUGUUUCCCCUUAUAUGAAUUUAAUUUACAUUGAUGAAAUAUAUGUUCGACCUUCAAGUACUAACAGAUAAAUGCUCAAGGACGAAUAGUACCUAGAAAAAAAUAUAGUUUUGCAUGUGUCACGGAAAAGCUCAGCUGGAAAGUGAUUGAAUUUUGCAAGAUCAUUUCCUGGGCCCUGAAAGUCUUAAAUUUGAAUUCUGAGUUAUAAAAUGUCGUGGAUGAUGACUACAUCUCAGUAGGGAUGUUUAUAAUGUUGUUUUGGUUUUUUUUUUUUAAAUUUUUACAGAGUCGAGGUCAUUUCUGGAAAGAUGAAGGUGUCAGGGCUUUGAGUGCAAAGGAUUACAGUCAAGCUAUCAAAUUGUUGAAUUUAGCUCUUCAGUUUCCAAACAAUUCAGCAGAUUUGAGUUAUAUUGUGAACAACUCUCUGGCAACAGCAUAUUUUGAAACAAAGCAAUAUGUGAAGGCAGUGGAGAAAGGCCGGGAAUGCUUUAAGUUUAGACCAACUAAAUCACAGGUAUAGUACGUUUCUGAAAAUAUUCUAGAAUGUAGUAGUAUUCUUUGCUUGAGCCUGUUCCAAACUCUUGGUCAGCGGAGGAACCACGGCGAGCGAAUGUUACUUUGCGAUUGUCAGAGGAAACGUUAAUCCCCUCACCCUUCAGCUUUUCCACUUGUCUCCGCUGACUGAGAGCCUGGAUUGAUCUUAAUCAUGUGAAUGCGUCUAAAUCUCUUUAAACCAGACGGAAGCAAGUAAGUGGAAAGAGCGAGGCAAGAGGCUUUUUUCUGAGAAGGAAUUCUCUACUCUAGUUGAGUACUACACUUUGUCCAUGCAAUAUGUUCCAAGCAACGACAAGGAAUUUCUGGCUACGCUACUGUGUAAUCGUGCUCUGGCUCAUUACAACAUCGGCAACUACCAACAAGGUCUUACAGACGCCAAGAGCUGUACAAGAUUCAGGCCAGAGUGGUACAAGGUAGGUCAUAUUUUUGACCGUCGUCAGUUUUGCUUUAUAUCCAAACAAGUGUCUACAGAGCUAUUUGUAAUUUGGUUGUCGUAGGGUUUUGUGCGGCAAGGAUUCUGUCAUGCAUGCCUGGAUCAGAAUAGAGAUGCUGUAAGAGCCUUCGGUGAAGGAUUGAGAAGGGCAGAAAAUGAUGGAGACAAGUUUGCUAUACUUUCUCAAAUCGUGGAUCUGGGCCUCAAUCUGUCAGGUAAUGGGCCGCCUUUCUGUUUCUAUUUAUAAUUACUGUGAUCUUAUUUAACUUAUCCCCUAGCUAAAGACUUGAAUCGUGAGACUUGCAGAUAGUUAUCCGUUGCUCAGCAAAUUGUAGUUUUCUCUUUCAUUUUUUUUGUUUUUCCUGUUGUUUUUGCUUCCCUUGUAGAUGGAACUUCAAGUAUAACGUGCAGUGUAUCAAACCCAACUCUGGAAAAGCUGAUCAAGCAGCUGUCAGAGAAAAAGGCGUGGGAUAAGUUACAUGUCCUAUACCUUGGGGGUGGAGGACCUCAGCGCUAUUCACCAGGGGAGGGUGGCCUAGCGACUGGUAUUGAUGCAUCCGGGAUACCUAUUGAGCUUGUGUUUGGGGCAGCUGAAAAGUACCGGGUUCCUCUCAUUGCGGCUCUUUUGGAAAAUGGUGCCUCCUCUAACGGACUUGGCAAGGCAAGCAAAUGCCCUCUGGAACUAGCCAUGGAGAAUGAAGAAUACAACAUGGUGGUUACAUUGCUACAGUAUCACGCCGACUCUGCGUGUAUUAUGAGUAAAGCUGGUGAUUCACUUCUGCACGAAGCUUUGAGGCAAGCAUUUGCAACCGGUAGGUCACAAGACUGUUCCGUUAAACGCAUUUCAGCUUAUUCUUUGUCAUUCCUCAUAUUUUAUUUCGUCAGGAGUCCUUGUUUUCCAGGUUUUUUCAAUAGUAGAUUUUGCCCUGUACAGUAUAACGAGUUCUAUGGACAAUUUGGUCGCUUAGCGCUUUAUAGUGUAUCUCUUAACUCUUUCUAAUGUAAGAAAUUACGUGAAAUCAUUUGUCGUGAUUAUGCUUUCAAAGUAGCUUUUCUUCUUAAUAAAUAGUUUUCUGGUUUCUUGAAUUGUCGUACUUACAGGAAACACUGGACUAAUUCAAGCCCUUCUUAACUCUGAGCUGUUUGACCCUGACACGGUAGAUAGCAGCGGGAACACGCUCUUCCACCUAGCGGCCUUUGGAAAUUGCUCCAGGAGGAAAUGCGGAAUUAUCAGUGUUCUAACAGAUGCGGGAGCCAAUCCAAUCGUAAAAAACACGGACGGCAAGGUCCCGUUGGAUUAUCUAACUAAGAAAGACCCGCGGGCAAAGUUGAUCAGGCAGGCCAUUAACUCUUACAAGAGUUGCAAGAAGUCGGAUGGUGGUAAGAGGAAGAGGAAAGUUGUGAAACAAUCAGAAAAGACAGUGCCUGGACACGAAACAGCAGCAGGAGGGGAAGGAGUUCAGGAAGAGGCAGAGAAUGAGUGGUGUAAUGCUGCAGAUCAGGAUAUACCAGAAGGCAAGCAUCAAGUUGUAAAGGUGAAAGCUGGAGAUAAAAAGCCCAUGCCGGUAGCCGUACUGGUGAAGAAAGAUCCUCUGUAUGACCUACGUGCGAGCAUCAAGAGCAUGAUUGAAUGCAUCAGUGUUGAGACUUUGAUGGAAACCGAGAGUGAGAAUGCAAGCGGGGCUGUGGACAACUCGGAAAUUGAAGCUACAAAAGAUGACCCUAGGAUUGAACGGCUCGACAAGGAAGAACAUCAUGUCCCUGACAUCGAAAGAAUUAUAGAUGACGAGGACGAUGAAGAGGCAACUGAAGAAGAACUCGAGGUAGACCUAGAGUCCCCUUUUGAAGAUUUGCCAUGGGAAGUGGACUGCACAGACCAAUUCUGGAAAGCUCUACAGAACACUAACGUCAGUGAUUCCUUAAAGCGACGUAUUAUCGGCAAGAUUCGGAUGCUGGCUGAGGGUCGAUGGACAAAUACACUUUGCAGGAGGUUGGAUGGCAUGCCCAAAAAACGCAAUAUCAUGCUGUUUGAGGCCAAAUUAACACGAGCUUCUCGGAUUAUUUGGGAACUGACAGUCGCGUUUUCAGCCAAAUGCAGUAAUGAUCCUGAGUUAAGAAUACAAACGGAAACAUCUGUUGGGAGAAUUUAUUCUGAAAUUAUUCGUGUAUGGGACGUUGCAGCGGACCGAGAUGGCCUUAUGGCGAAAGUUGAGAGCAUCGUUAAGUCUCAUGAUAGAGGAUUGAGUUGUAACGUGAAAAAAGAGUUGUCUGGAUUUAGGAAAGGAAAUGAUAAAGUGACAAAUACCAGUGGCGAACGACUGCCAAAUUUCUUUGUUGAACUGUCUGAAAAAGUAGAGGAUUUCUCGCAAGCGAAGACAACGAAACUUGAAAAGUCCUCCGAUAAAUGUAGAGGUUCGCAGUUCUUCUUUCCACCAGCAAGUCCAAAUGAUAUGGAGUUCCACAUUCUUAAAUUCUACUCCUUUUCCUCACCCUUGAUUAACUCAGUUCUUCACAGUAACCCUACAGCCAAAGUGGAUUUUCCCUUUAGAGUUACUGAGCUUGAGCACGCUAUUAUCAACUUGCGUCAAAGUCAACCUUGCCCUAUCAUUCUUCUCGGUCGAAGUGGCACCGGUAAGACAACCUGCUGUUUAUACAGGUUGUGGAAUGAGUUUCAGUUUUAUUGGGAGAAGGCGGCCACUGCAGGACCUCAUAUCCCUAAAGUCACGCACUAUUUGCCCAAAGCUGAUUCCUGUGGAAGUAUCACAGCUUGUGAGCUGCCAGAGGAAUUACCCCUCCAGUUGUCAAGUUCCAAUGUUACAGAAGACAUUGUAGAGCACUCACCAACAGACGAGUUUAUCAGAGCCAAGGAUGCUCGGCGCAAAGACUACGAAGAAGGCGACGACACAGUAGAACCUUCCGAGUUUGAGGAAACGACAGCUGCCCAGUAUGAACAUCUGCAUCAGGUCUUUAUUACAAAAAACUCGGUGCUUUGCAGUGAGGUUCAGAAAAAUUUUUCCGAGCUCAGCCACGCUUGUCCUGCCGCAAGGGAACACGUGGAAAAGGAAACCACAGCUCUGCCGUCCAGAAUUCAAGAUAUCGAUGAUGCUGCGUGGCCUCUUUUUAUUAAUUCUCGUGACUGGUUGCUUUUAUUAGAUGCCUCCCUUCCUGGCUGCGAGUUUUUUCCUCGUGACGAGGAUGGCAGUCUGUUGAGAAAGAUUUACGGAUGGGGAGAAGCAGAAUGUCACUUGGUGGCUAUUGAAGACGAUUCUGACAGCGAAGUCGAGGAGCAAGACGAUGUGCAUGUCAAUGACACAAAUGAUGUUGUGUGUAACCGGUCGGAUCCCAAAAGCUUUGACCCCAGACGUGAGGUCACUUACGUUGUAUUCGUAUCAGAGCUGUGGCCAAGAAUGGUGAAGAAAGUUAAGGCUCAGUACCAUCCAACUCUAGUCUGGACUGAAAUCCGAUCUUUCAUCAAGGGAUCCGUUGAGGCCUUGCAUGCUGAACACGGUUUCUUGACUUUAGAAGAAUAUUCAGAUCUUGGAAGGAAGCGAGCUCCAAACUUCUCUGCCGAUCGUGAAGUUGUUUACUCUCUUUUCGUUAUGUACCAGAACACUAAACGAUCAUUGCGAAUGUUUGACGAAGCUGACGUCGUUCACAACAUUUACACUCGUCUGCAGAAAGUCCAAGUCCCUGAUUGGUCUGUUCAUCGGUUCUACGUUGACGAAACUCAAGAUUUCACUCAAGCUGAACUGUGUUUGCUGAUCCGUUGUAGCCGCGAUCCAAACGGUCUUUUUUUCACCGGUGACACGGCUCAAAGUAUUAUGAGAGGAAUUGCGUUUCGAUUCAACGAUUUGAAAUCAUUAUUCUUUUACUCGCAGCAGUCUUACCAAUCCCUUGGCUUUCAGUCGGGAGUUAGGGUCCCAAAUAAACUAUAUCAGUUAACACACAACUAUCGCUCGCAUGCAGGGAUUUUGCGGCUCGCCUCUAGUGUUGUGGACCUGUUACUUCAUUACUUUCCAGAGUCUUUUGAUCGCCUCGAGAAAGAUCAAGGAUUAUUUGAAGGACCUAAACCUGUGCUGUUAGAGUCAUGUAGUUUCGGCGAUCUGGCGAUGAUUCUUCGAGGAAAUCGUCGGCAAUCUUCGAGAAUUGAGUUCGGUGCACAUCAAGUCAUACUUGUGGCCUCAGAAGAAGCUCGGGAUCAGAUGCCCGAUGAGUUGAAACAAGCUCUAAUCCUAACAAUUUACGAGUCGAAGGGCUUGGAGUUUGAUGAUGUCCUAAUUUACAACUUCUUCAAAGACUCUCAGGUGAGUUCCAGACCGGUGAUUUGCCAUUUAUGGCGGAUUUUGUUCGUCCCACAAUAUGUUUUUGUAUUCGGGCGUUCCGUACACAAAUUGCCGUCGAGGUUCUAAAACGCAUACACGGGUGCAAGUUGUAGACAUAAAAGCCUCCAGAAUUUCUUGAAAAGCAAGUAAGAACACUGUCAAAGGGAUAGCAUUUCUUACAAGGUUAUCAAAUACUUUUCCCAUUCCCGUCCACAUGGCAAAUAUCACAUGCUUACGAAAUUUUCAUGUGAAGCAAGCGUGGAAACUGUAUCGCUCCAAUCUAAGUUACACCUGUCUAUGUCUGUAGAAUUUGUGCUCUCUGCACUUUACAGUGAUACUUUGUCGUCUCCAGCGUGCACUGAGCCCUGCUAGCAAAGCAGGACUCCUGAUUUUUUCCCAGACAGAAUUGUGCUUGUUUUGUUUGCAUACAUAGGCUAAAAAAGAGUGGCGAGUUGUGACCUCUUACAUGAAAGAGCUCUCAGAAGGAAGGAUCGUAGACACCUCAGGACUGAUAGAACUCGCUGAAGAGGACUUAGAAAUAACAUCGCGUCCCCUUGACUUUGACUCAGACAGACACAAGGUGCUCAACUCUGAGUUCAAGUUUUUGUACACGGCCAUUACUCGCGCAAGGGUCAACGUGUGGUUCUUUGAUGAAGACGAAGAAACCCGGGCACCAGUGUUUGAGUACUUCCAAAAGCGUAGCCUUGUUCGCGUGAUACGCAUGUCAGGUGAAGCUAACGAAACAGAUCAGCUGACCAGUAUGUUCGUGGAGAAGUCAGCAGAAGCUGAGUGGUGCCAGCAAGGGCAUUAUUUUUAUAACAAAGAGCUAUGGGAGGUGGCUGUAAAAUGCUUCACAAUGGCCAGCGAUCAAGUUAUGAUAAAGAAGAGUCAAGCCCAGUUGCAGGCCGCUGAAGCAAGUAAAAUAAAAGGUAACCCUAAGGCGAUGAGAGCACAGUUCCUGAAGGCUGCGGAUCAGUUUUUACAGUGUGCCAUGUUGGAUGAGGGCGCCAAGUGUUUGCAUAAUGCUCGCGAGAGACUGUUGCUUGCCAGACUAAAUAAGAAAUUAGGAAAGGUAAGCACAGAAUGUUUCUAGACACUGUUUCCGUAAGCAUCCGGAACAAGGUCGUUUUUUGUUCUUUUACUUGCGUGAACUUGUAAUGACGUUAAUUGUGAUUGAUUUAAGCAAUGAUGUGCAAACUUUCUUCUUUGAAUCUAUGGUUGAUAUCUCUAUGCUAUCUUUAUUAUCUGGAGUUCGAAGUAUUCAGUGCGAUUUGCUAGGGCGUAUUCUUACCAGCCUUUGAAGUAAACAGUAGCCAAUGUUGCUGUUCCUAUCGCCCACAACACCGUUUUUUUUAUCCCAUUGUCUGCAAUAGUUUGAAGACGCAGCGAAACAGCUCAGGAAGGAACGCUAUUACUUGGAAGCCAGUCAGUGUUAUGAGAUGAUUAAUGAUUACCACCAAGCGGUGGAGGUACUGUGUCAAGGCAAUCUCUACAAGGAGGCUAUCGAUACCUUACAGCGGUACAAGAGUCUGGUGGGAGCUGAUACUAGCAAAGGAGGAAUCCGUCCACCCAGAGAGUCACGGACGGUGGAGCGACUGUGUCAUCAACUGGCAGAAGAACAUUUCAGGUAGGUUGUAAAACGUUGACUGAUUGGCUAAGCGAAUUUGGCUUGGCUGAUCUGUAACAUUUUGGGCAAUUGGUCUGACUUUGCAAUGGAAUCGUAAUACAUUGCAAUACGUUUGCGAAUUUCAAAAUAGUUGAUGGACAGAAAACGAUCCGUCAGCAGCCUUUCCGUUUGCUUAUUUUUUCGUUUUUUUAAGAAACAAGAACUUAAGAGAAGUUUAUUUGUAAUUGCGUUCGAUGAUGCUGUUGUUUCCUACACCUUUUUCUAAUUUUCACCAUAUGUUAUCAUCAUUUUCUUUUUGUUGUCUUCUUUCUAUUUUCUCAUAUAGUGUAGCAAGUCAGUUGAAGCAGUUCUUAUUUUUUGAGGGUGAACUUCGACUCUUAAGCUUCUUAUUGGUCUGUUUAUAUUUUAGCUCUGGUCGUCUUGAUGAAAUGGUCUCCGUCCUUGAGGGUUUACCUUCCACAAACGAUCGAAUCCUUUUUUUGGAGAACCACGGGUGUGUUCAAGAAGCUAUGGAGGCACUGGUCGAUGAAGGCAGAUACACAGAUGCUGGCAACCUCUUAAGCAAAAAUGGCAGAUUUAUUGAAGCGGUAAAGUUUGUACACACGAAGAGCUUUGCAGCCGAGUGCUUUCUGUCCGCAGCACGAUGUGCCCAGAAUCAUGCUUGUUUUAAUGAACGUCGUGAUUUAGUUGAGGGACCUGCUGAAAGAGCUUUGGAACUAUUUGAAGAUUGCAACGAUGAGAACGGUCAGGCGCAAUGUCUGCUGAUUCUUGCGAGAUUGAAUGAAGAUGUGGAAGAUACCAGAAGUGCCCGGGAGCUAUUUAAGAAAGUAAACAAUAUUUGUGGCGAGGUAGAGGCAUGUCUCGAGCUUUUCACCAUUUCAAAUGAAGAUGUUGCUCUUGUUGAUUUUCCUGGUGUCUUUAUUACUAGCCUGAACAAACUGUUUGGUCUUAUUGUGGCGCUCAAUAAGCCUCAAAAAAGUGUCGUGGAGCUUCAGAAGGUGGAAAUGUGCGAGGCGUAUUUUGGUGUUUUCAAGGGAGAUAAAUCAGACGCGAGAUGCGCUUUUGUCAACAGUGGUGCGCUGUUCGUCACGUCUGUCCCUUACAGCCAAGAUGAAGUUAAGGUUGACAAAGUGGUACUUGAUGAGGGAACCGCACGAUGGCGAAUCGCAAGACACUUGUGUGACCUGGCUUUUGAACUAGUCCAGAACAUUGGUCAAAGAGUAGAAUCCAGUGUACGUUUUCAUGGUAUCUGUCGAAAGUCCCUUGUGGGCUUGAGUUGCAAUCCUGGACAUUGUCAGUUUCAUCACGCUGAGUUCUCACAGUCACAUUUUGAAAAGCUGUUUACUGCCGUGUGCACUCAAAUUCAUGUGAACGCCCUUGUUCAGUUAUUCGCAAAUGCCAUUGGCCGCUUCGUCCCUGAGAGAAAGCUUUCGCAAAAGCUGCUCACUCGUGAAAUACAAGACUUUCAAGCGUGUCGGCAAUUGUACGACCUUCUCUUUCCAAAGAUGGGCUUGCAUAUUUCUUUCCUUGGUAGAGAACACGUUCGCUUUCUUCGCAGGCAUAGCGCUAUCAGAGAGCGCUUGUCCAGUUACGCGGAGUUCUCGUGGAAGAUUACAAAGGAAAGCCAAAGAUGGGUGAACCCUAACAAGUUCUUUAAGAUCUCACGGAUCCUUAACCUGGUUGGACAACCCGGCAAGAUCGGGGCUCUGCUCUCCGUGGAGGAAAAAGGCUUUGCAAUGAGGAACAUGCCUUGCGAUGGAAUGCUCCAAGACAAAUACCAUGGAGGUUUCCGUAGUUUCUUCCGUUUGUUUCAGGAGGGUAACUCUGUCCUCCAUAUGUACGGUGAUGUCUUGAAUGCUGCACACUCCUUUAUCAGGAGAUUCUUCAGCGUGAUCGCAUGGAGGUCUUCCAUUCCUUUUCCUUCCGCUGCCAACACAAGUGCCGUCUUUGAGCACCAAUUAGUCUCGUGUCUGGCGUUGUUUGCAUGUUUGUUUAAAGACUACGAGAAUCCAGUCUGUCUACCCGAGAGCUAUCUCCAUCUGAUUGACUUCUGGGACGCAGUACAAGGUUCAGACAAGUUCCCCUCCUUGUUUAGUAUCGUUGAAGCCACAGCCGCGAGAAUUCCCUCUUUCAAAGGAAUCCGAGGAGUCCAGCGUUUACUGGAGUACACAGUCCAGCUGAUGUCGGGACAAGUCCACGGUCGGUUCAACUUAAUAAGCAGUGCUUUCAGUGUCAGUUCAAUUGAGCGCGCACGGCUGUCAGGUGAAUCAGAGAGAAUUCUGAUUUUGGCUAUGACCAUGUUGUGUAACUACGGUAGUGGUAUCCCAGCAGCUCCAUGUGGCCGUCUCAUCCAAUCCUUGCGUAGUGUCACCGUUCACCCACUCUUUCCCGUUCGAGUACAGAGGGCACUGAAAGCCGUACAAAACGCCAAGGGUGUUCGAGACGUUGUUACCGCAAUGCAAACUUUACUAUCACAAAGGAACGAAGCUUUAUUUUCAGUUCGUUGGUGCAACGGAGGGUUUCUCACUGCCGAGGUGAAUGUUGCUUACUUCAAGCAGUCGUUUAGCACUGAUCCGGCUCCUUGGCAUUCGCAGACCACGGACUCAAGUGAGCCACCCGUAGAUGUGUACUCUCCAUCGGAGUUUCAGAUGCCAACAGGAUACCUAGAAGAACAGAGGAAGGAGCGCGCUUUAGAAACCAAGCGUGAAAAUGCAGCUGUUAAAAUUCAGAGAUGGUUUCGUCGAGUCAAACGCAAAACCCCGGAAACUACACCGUACGAUAAAGUUGAAGAGCAGUCAGCGGACUCUGUUACACUCCACUUUGAGCGUUUUAAGGUAGACGCUUCAGCUUGUAGUAUAUGCUGUGUGCGCUUCAGCGACAAGUCCGAGGGUGGAAAUUACGAGUCGCACAUUGUUAAAGAGAGUCAGCACUGGCGUCAGCUUCAUUUGUUCAAACAAUACAAACAGCUGUUUGUCGGGAAGAUCUGGCCUCUGUUUAAAGCUGAGAAGGAGCUUCAUGACGAGUUGAAUGCUCUAGCUGGACGGAAUAGGGUUGGUUCGCACGAUUUUGGUCUUGAUGUCCAGCGGCUUGACCACGUUGGUGCACGCGUUGGUGAAUGUGUGCGAGAUAUCGAGUCCUGUUGUAAGUGGGGUGAUACGGGCCGCUUGAUGCAUGAAGUCGAGGCUUUGGGAGCGACCAUUAAGGAAGUACAGGAAAUUGUAAGGCAAGGUGAGAAUAUAAAAAUAUUUACAAAAUCGGAAGGUCAGAGUUAAGCACCCUCACGGAACCAUAUUUUUCCUUUGUUCCGCGCUCAAGUCGAAUUUCAUAGCUGUUUAUUGCGAAAAAUUAUAACCGUUGGUAUUUUCUCGUGCGAUUGUAGACCUACAGAAAUUGCGAGGUGUGGGAACAACGGUUGAAAGAUCAGACUACCCUGAAGAAAAUGAAGACUUUGCUGAUGAAGAAGACAUCUUGGAUUUGCGUGGGCCUAAAGAGGGCGGAGCCAAAGGGGGAGGAGGAGGAGGAAAGCGAGAUGGCAAGAAGAGGAACCGGGGAAAACGCGGGCGUGAUAAAACACGUUUUAGACAGUCAUGAACGUUCAGUUCUGUGAAGGAAGAUUUCUAAUGAGAGUUAGGGCCAUUUUCAAAUGCAGCUUUUGUAGAGGCUCAUUUUUUGCUUUAACAAAUGGUCUUUGGAUAAAAAAAAAGUAUCUAAGUGGACUGUAUUAGUUCAGUUAAAAGAACUGUUAUCUUUUUCCUUUUUUUUCCUCCUACGUCUAUUACUUCGUCACGAUUACUUAUUUCGAUAUUCUAAGAGCAGUUGCUCAAGACAUGAUGAAGAAAUAUCUUAGAACUUUGAGUAUCCCUUAGGACUUUGUUGAUUGUUUUGUUUCAGUGUAGGAUGGACAAAAUAACGUUACUUUAACAUUGCCUUUAUCUAUUGAGUCUCGAUUUAAACACGACUCUUAUUUAAAUUAGUGUUAGUCAUUUUAGGAGUAAUUUUCCGGCAGAUUUGAGUAAGUGCCCAUGUUUCCUGCGUGACUUCAAAUUAAUUAAGGUGUUAAGCGAGCAUGGGAAGUAAAGUAAAGUUUUUUUUGAUUACCACAUUGCUAUUUUCUUUACUGUACUAAGACUGGUAUUAUUCUUAAUGAAAAACUACCAGAACAAUUUUUUUUCUUGGUUAGUAUUAAAAGAAUUGGUGAGGUGUUGGUGGGUGGGAGAGCAGAAUCCCUCUGGCUACAAAAAGUUCAGGCAAUAUAAUUUAUUUAAUUUUGCACUAAUUUCAAAAGUUUGAAUACAAUUUCCA